AUGCGAAAAGAGUUCAGCACUCUCUUCCCUCUGUGUACACACGAACUGGCGCUAUCCACUAGGCCAGGAGCGGAAGCGAGAGAGAAACUCACUUUGCAAGGAAAGCUCGCUUAUAUUUUUACAACGGCGGGGACCUGCACAGGCAACUGAAAAACAUAUGUGCUUUGAGGUCAUUUGGUCGUGUGAUAAGCAUGCAACUUCGCUGUGAGAUAGGGACCUCCGCGCCAUCCUGGUUGUUGUUGGUGCUUCAGAUGCUGUUGUUGUGCAGUCGGUGCUGCUGCUGCUGCUUUGCUGUGCGGCUGUGUCUUGCAACCUAGCGGUGCGUCUGCUGUGUAUAUCACAUCGAGUAGGUAUACGGCAAGCGAGCGUUGAGUUUAGCGGGGGAGCAUUCGAUUCGAGGCACCCCUGCUGCGACUGUACGAACGAGUCUGUGUGCCAGAGGCUGCUCUGCUGCUGUUGGCUGUGUUGGCUGUUGCUGCUGUUUGCUGUUCCCUUGCUUGAUGCAUUUUUUUUUUUUUUCUCCCAUCAUUGGACUCUGUCGAUUGCCCCUUUGACCCCUAUCCUCCACUUGUACCAGCUAGACGACCCAACCGGGGUCACAAAGGAGGGGGGGAUUGCACCCCCUCCUGAGGUUCCUGCCUGAGGUAUUUUUAUCGCGAGAAGGGUACAGCAAUCCCUUCCCUCGCGACGUAUGUAUGGAGUCGAUCAAGUUGUCAACCAACGAGCUUUGCAGCGCGUCGCUUCCAACGGAGACCAGGAGUUUAAUUGGCGAGAAAAUCUCACUCUGUCGGGACUCGAACCCAUGACCUGGUCCUUAGCAGGCUGCGAGGCCACCCACUAGACCACCGGGGCGACCGGUGCAUCUGUAUCUGCUUGGAUGUAUGCGCAUGUGCACUGGUAAAGUUCUUUCCGGUUUUUCCAAGGUCUGUUCGGACUGGUGGCGUCCAAAAGCCCCUGGAGGAUCCGCAAUGGAGUCAGUCACAUCAUAGACUAGACUAAGGGAUAAGAAAUCGGGCCGACGUCGGCUGGUCCCUCUGCCCAAAAUAAGAUAAUGACUCUUUUCUAUGAUAGAGAUGGCACAUCAGCCGCACAUACUCGCACAUAUGCAUACCAAACUGAGAAUAUGUUUGUAAACUGAUGGAGAUUGCAUGUGUUAGAACUAAUAGGGUGCGACACACAAAACGCCCGACUACCCAACAUACCCAACACCUUUCGUCUGCACCUUCCCAACAUAACAUAUUAUAUAUAUAUGAGACACACAAGACAGCUACCAAACUGAUUUGUUGAACCUGUUACCCACAGGGGAGAUGUCCCUAUAUGCU